GUUCCUGCCCAUGGCAGGGAGAUUGGAACCAGAUGAUCUUUCAAGUCCCUGCCAAUCCGUUCUAUGAUUCUGACUCUGUGAUUCUUUUCUUUCUUUCUUUUAUCUGUUCCCUUUUUUUUUUUCCUGUUGGUUUUUUUUUUCAAAUGCAGCGUAAAUAGAUAAAUAUGACUUUACCUGCAAUCAAGGACUGCCCUCUUCCUUCACCAAAUAAUGCAUGGCCAGAAAGGGGAGGGGUUAUGUGCCCCUCCAUACUCCGGAGCUGUUAAAACAGCAAAACAAGCACUUCUGCUCUAAAGACUGGCUAGACUGUCUCUGAGCAACCUUGGAGGAAGCCAUUUCUCCUGAAAUGCUCUACAAUGGAGACCCAUAUUUCCUCACAAUUCUGUGUCCUGCUAAACUUUCAAACCUCUGAAACAGCUGGGCCAUGAUACUUCAUACCAAAAGAUGAAUGCUGGAGACUUUUCAGUGGUUGAGGUUGCUGGUCAAGAUCAAAGCCACUUGGGCACUGAAGUAGCGGAAAUGAGAAAGAGGCAGCAGUCACAAAAUGAAGGAACAUCAGCUGUGUCUCAAGCACCUGGAAACCAAAGGCCCAACAACACAUGUUGCUUUUGUUGGUGCUGUUGCUGCAGCUGUUCAUGGAAUGAAGAUAGAGGAGACAAUGCAGGAAGGCCAACACAUACGACCAAACUGGAGAGUAUCCAGGUCAUAGAAGAAUGCCAAAACCCUACUGCAGAUGAAAUUUUGUCUUGGGCUCAGAAUUUUGACAAGAUGAUGAAAACACCAGCUGGGAGGAACCUUUUCAGAGAGUUUCUUAGAACAGAGUAUAGUGAGGAGAACCUGCUUUUCUGGCUUGCAUGUGAAGAUCUUAAGAAAGAACAGAACAAGAAAGUUAUUGAAGAAAAAGCAAGACUUAUAUAUGAAGAUUACAUUUCUAUACUAUCACCAAAAGAGGUUAGUCUUGAUUCCCGGGUGAGAGAAGUGAUCAACAGAAACUUGUUGGAUCCCAGCCCUCACAUGUAUGAAGAUGCCCAGCUCCAGAUAUACACCUUGAUGCACAGAGACUCUUUUCCAAGGUUUUUGAACUCUCAGAUUUAUAAGUCUCUCGUUGAAAGUAUUACAGGCUCUACUUCUGAAACUUAGUUUUAAUUUUGAAACAAAAUAACGUGGGUUUUUUUUUGGUGGGUGGGAUGGAAGAAAAUUAGUUUAAUAACAUCUGGAGCUGGGUUCCUGGAGAACUACAGUUAAGCACUACUCAGGCUACUGUGAAGAAAAAAAAAAUACAUAUUAUGGUCUCUGUCUACAUUUUUACCAAGGUCCUCCUUGCUCAAGAUGACGUUGGAGGGGAUCAAUGGAUUUGCCAAAAUACAUUUGUUUCACACUCCUUUCACCCUACUGCAGUUAAGAUUGCAAUGAUGUAUUUGUAGUUUUAUGAACAGUCUCCUUGUGUAUCCUCACACUGCAUGUGCAAGGUAAAACUGCUUCACUUACCACUUAGUUGUUGCAAUAUUUAAUCCAAUAACAUAAAUUAUAGCUGUAUUUAAAAACUUUUUUUUGUGCAAUACAGUCCUAUGGUACAUAGAAACAAUUACAGCAAACCAGAAAGAGGCUUGCACUUUUUAACAUCACUAACUAAAAAGCCAAUUUUUAAGGUGUAGCAUUACUCUACAUGCUCUACUGAGUACAAUAAACUGACUUUUUGAAGCCAAUAUUUCUGUAUAGAGAAAAAGAGCUAUUUAAUCACUGUUUAUUUAAAAUAAAUCAAGCGGAGGAUUCCUCUGGUUGUUCACUGCCAAAACUGUGGCAUUUUCAUUACAGAGUUUGCAAUGUCAAAGAAAAAGAAAAAUAAAAGGAGAAAAAAAAAGCACAAAUCACUUAAAGGGAUCCAUUUCUGGGUGACACAGUCUAUGCGCUGAUAUUGUUUAAUUGUUAAAAGAACAAAGACUUUCAAUGUACAUUUCAGAUGUCAGAUACUGUAAUUGAUUUAUUAAAGACUGGCUAUCCAGUUCUAACACUGUUGUAUAAUGUUAUGUACUUCAGAAAAAAAAAAAAGAAACAAGAAACAACACAAAAGUCUUGAUAAUUUAGUUUUUUGAAUAAAGAAAUUUAAUAAAAGAUUGCCUACAUGUAGCAUUUUAGAGCAUUUUAGAACAUUUUGAUGAACUGCAUCUGUUCUGUAAGAUAUUUUUUUUGAAAGCUAAAUCCGGUAAAAAAUGUUUUUAAAUGAAGUAACAUUUUACGAGGUGGCGGGUUAAAGAAGACUUAUCUUAGCUUCUAGCCUCAUUGAUUUUGAACAACCCUUUGAAAAAAAAGGGGGUUGGAGAGUAAUAUUAAACCAAACUUUAAGGGCUUCUAAAACCACAGAUCUUACCCAAGCAAAAUGCCUACAGAAACACAAUGGGUAUCUUUCCUGGGUAGAGAUUCCUGUACUGAGCCCUUAAUCAUAUCUAAGGCAGCACAGUACUCCCAUCACUAGGUUGCCAUGGUGUUUUUAAUAGGUGUUUGCUUGGCCUUUUUGUCAAAGAAUGUCCAGUUUCAGGACACAUUUUGAUGUUUAAAGAAACAGCAACUUGGAACUUAAAAAAAAACCCAUCUUCACAUCUACCAUACACAAGCAAAAUGAGUGUUAGCAUCCCUCAUAAACUGCUAAAGAUAUACCAAUAAAUUGCUCUGAAUACUUGUUAUAUAUAUAUGUAUAUAUAUAUAUAUAUAUAUAUAUAUAUAUAUAUAUAUAUAUAUAUAUAAAAUACUGACAACCAUACUAAGACUUGAGAGGCAAGGUUCUUCUCACUUAUGUAGGACUAAACACGGCACGAGCCCAUCACUUUUGAUUGGCCUGGAAGGUCUGGCAGUUGUGUCCUUGAGUGGAAUCUGGCCUGAACACAGUUGGCUCCAGUCCCUCAGUUACUUCCUGCGGGCAGCCUCCGGUGCCGGCUUUGGCGGGAGCUGCUGUUGCCGAGGCAGGUCUGCUGUGACACCGUAACUGGGAGGAUGCAGGUCUUAGUUUAUCUUCUGGGGCUUCUUUUUUUCCUUUUGUUUUACUACCUCUCAUUUUCUUAAUUUAUUGAACAUGCUUCAGAUAGCAAGUUUGGGGAAUUUUUUAGUCAUUCUUUUUACUUGAAACCUGUGUGCUUUUUUUGGAUAUAUAUAUGAACAAUUUAACAAACUGUUUCUUAAACUCAUUUGGUUUUGUAAUUUAUAUAGAAUUCAGGAGAUGAUUAAAAGGGCUAUUCUCUAUUCCCUAUGCAAAUAUUUUAACUGUUGUAGUGUUUGACAAAAUGGGAUCUAAAACAAAAAUCUGCAAAGUGGAAAAACAAAUCUGUUUACAGUGGCAUUGCUGACUAUCCUACCAUAUUCAGCACUUUUAAAUAUUGUUAUUUAUUAAAAUGUAGUUUAAAAUGCAAGACAAAUAUUUAUAAAUGUUUCUUUUAAUAAAUACCUGUUUUGUCUGAAAGUGCUACCGUGUUAUGACAACUUUAUUCAUGUUGGUUAGCUACUUACCAUUAUGAAUAAAAUAUUCAAUUAUUAUACUGAUAGAAUACGAGCUAUGAUGUUUACAAAUCCUGAGGGGGGAAAAUUCAGUGAGAAAGGACUGCCUCCUUCUACUGUGAAAUGCUGUUAGGAAAAAAACAAUUUUUCUUGCUUUUUUCUUAAUUGGAAUUUAACUAUGGUCCUAUAUAUGUCUAGUAUCAUUUGACUAGUUAUAUUUACUUGGUACUAAACAUAUACAGCAUCCUAUAUGUAUAUAUUUACGUAGUGUAAUUUCAAGUUGUUGGUGUUUGAGGCACAACACCUUUGGUGCACACAACUAAGGAAUGUGUAAGAGACAAAACUGCAUGCAUAAGUCUUGACAAAUGUAGACUUGAAUAUUCUUAAUGUUACUAUUUGAUGGUGACCUGCUAGUCAUAAGCUAUCUUUAUAAGAUAUUUCACACAGGUAGAACUUCUUGUUAACACAGACAAGUCAUCCUUUCAAGACAGGUUUAAAGCUAGAUGUGCAGGCCCUAAAAUAUUACCUUGAUUUCUAGCAUAAAGUUCCAAAAUCUGUAUUUGGAAACUGUGACAUAAUUUUGAAAAAUAUUACACCAAUCUUCAGUGUAAUACUGCAAUGAAAUCACGUUCAAAAGUUUAUUGUCGAAAAUCCUCUAUUGGGAGGGAUUUAAAAAUAGCAUGUAACGUUUCUUUCUUGGAGCAAAUGCUCAUAUUAAAACAUUUAAUGUACACUUCGUUUAUUGGUUUGGGUUUACCAAUUUUUUUUAUGGCAAAAUGGAUGUGGUCUAAAUGGACAAUAAGUAACAUGAUCUCAUUGCCUAUCAUACAGAUCUUUGAACACAAACUGUAAAAAAGUCAAGCUAUUAAACUGAUUUAUUGUGCAUGCAGUGUACAAUACAUUUUGAAAAACUGCCUAAAUACACUUAUUCUAUAGCUUGGAAUAAAAUAAGUAUGUAUUUAA